AGUUGCAUGCUACUCCUCGUGCUGCUUCUUCUCAACGUCUGUGAUGUUAACCAGAAUGGACCAGCAAGAGAAGAAAGGCAAGAAGUGUUCCCAUUGUGAUCAUCCUUCGCAAGCUACUUUUAUGGGUCCAGUUUGUCUCUGUUGUCCAGGAACCUCUGAGCCAUUCAGCAAUCCGGGACUCUGCUUCUCAGUGCCGGUCAGCUGCUCUUUUGAAGGAGUUAUUUCAGCAGCACAGAAGUCUGCAUGGGAGGUAGGAAAUUCUGCUCCUAUUCCUCCCUCUGCUCCAAGAUUAUCUGUGGAAGAUGUGACCUUGCCUCCCACUUUUUUUUGCCAGACCGUGCCUCUCUUAUCACUAAGGCAUUUGUGAAGGCAAGGGCUCCUUCUGCUUCCCAAGCACUCCCUGUCAAGAUUAGCAGACCAAUGACUUUACAUAGAGCUUUCACAGCUCCACCCUGCACAAAAGCAGUUCCUUUUACUUCAGCUCCUAGAGCUCCAAAGGAAGCGAAGAUGGAUUUCAGAGAGUAUAGAAGAUUAUCAGCCAAAGGGAAUUCAGUGCAAGCAAUGUCCCUGAUUCCUUUCAUAAGUGACUCCUUUGAGGAAGGGGAAGUGAUGUCCUCUGAGCCUGAGGAAGGGCCAUAUGAACCACAUUCAUCCAGCAAAUCCCUGAUAGAAGUAAAGGGGAGAUCCUCUACCAAGGUUACCCAAGUCUCCUCUGACUUCAUUGAGGAAGGGGAAGUGGUGUCCUCCGAGCCUGAGGAAACACCUGGUGAAACAGACUCAUCUCGAAGAUUCCUGAUUGAGGAUCUACCCUAUCUGUGCAAAUAUUUUAUGAAGCAACUCAGGCUAAAACAUUAUACCUCACGAAGUGGCUCAAGGAAAUUACCCCAUCUUGUGGAGGAGAAGCCAGAUGAUACCAUUCCCCUUCACCCAUCCAUCAGUGCCUUAAUUAAAAACAUCUGGCAGGCUCCAGAUGCUCAGUUUAUAUUACCUACUCAUCUGACUAAGCUUUACAAACUUCCAGCUGGGAAAGGUAACCUGUGGGCCUCUGCACCAAGAGUUGAUUCUGCAAUAGCAUCUCUCUUCACCAAAUCUUCACGUCCUGUUGAGGGAGAAACUGUUCUCAUGGACCCUUUAGAACGUAAGGUAGAUGAGGCUCUUAAGAGUGCCUAUGAAUUUGCUACCAUCCAGCUUUCAGUCUCCAUUUACUCCCUGUAUGCAGCUAGGUCACUGGUGGAAUGGCUAAGGAAAUUAUUGCCCCACUCUAAGAGGCCUGUUUCUAGGUCAUCUCGCAAGGUAUGCACCCUUUGUGAUCUGGCAUCCCGCUAUCUUCAUGAUGCAGCCCAGGAUUCCCUCCACCUGGCUGCCCAUAACAUAGCGACUCUCACAGUGGCUAGGAGAGCCCUUUGGCUCCGUCCCUUAACAGGUGGGGAACUUUCAGCCAAACUCAAACUUGUUGGCCUUCCUUAUGAUGGGGGUCAUCUCUUCGGGGAAACCUUAGACCAGGCCUUAAAGGAUCUUUCAAAGAGUACAGUUAUGCCAGGAGAUCAAGAAAAACCUCAGGCCUCUAACUCCUCCCGUGCCUCCAACAGGCCUUACAAGGGUGUUAGGUAUCCUCUCUCCUCAUAUAGACCUGGCAGGUAUAGAUACAGGUAUCCGGUAAACCAGUCCGUUCACUUCUCUGGCUACAGGGGAAGAGGUCGGACCAACAAAUACCAGCCUCACCAAGAAUUCUGACUCUCUUUCCCCUCAACAGAGGGUGGCAACAAGGAGGAAGCUUUUGGUUUGUCUCAGUCAAUGGAAAGAAGCGGUCUCCAACAGCAGGCUUCUCUCCUUUAUUUUCUGAGACCCUCUAGGUCAAGAACUUCCACCUCUCCCUUAUAUUUUCCUUUCCUCGCUGCCCCAAGUCCUGGGGAAAAGAGACAUAUUCCUGCUCACUGUGCAUCACCUGCAAAACAGUCACAUCCUCAUUCCAUUCCACUCAGAGAAGCGGUUCACAAGCAUCUAAUUUGUUUAUUUAGAAGUCCGCAAGGAAUCUGGGAGCAACCUUCACAUCCUGAAAUGGGUAAAUCACUUUGUCUCCAAAAAGAGUUCCAAACUAGAAUCCACAUGAACUGUGGCUCACCAAGAUUCUUAUCUCCACAUGCCAUCCACUUCCUAACUGUGGCAAUUUUGCCUGGGGAAUUAUCGCCUGCAGUAAUGGACUCCUUCUUUCACCUUUGCCUUGGUCCCAGGUCUCUCUGGCAAGAUGAAGACUGUCUUCACAGCCCACCUGAGAACAGGUGGUGCGGAGCUGUUGAUACAUCACUUGGAAAGUUGUUUGCUUCAGGGCCCCUUCUUACCAGUGGCUUGGGGAGUUCCAAUUGUGAAGAUAUUAAAAUAUCUCAUUCUGGAGGUGAACAAGUCCAAAAGUCUGCUGUCUCCUACUCAACAUAUGACUUUGGGUGCCUAUUUCCUGAUAUAUGUGGGAAGAGCAUCCUUCUGUUUUGCAGCAGAAGCAUGAAAAGUUGGGCAUUUUGUAGCAAUGAUUCCGCCAGAGCAAAAAAGCAAUCUUUCAUCUCUCUUUCCCUCAGUUACUCUGCUGUGCAAAAGGUUUGGCAAGACCCAAGCAAACAAGGCCCCCUGUACCGUAAUUGCUCCCCCUGGUUCAAGCAGGUGUGGCUUGUAGGUCUAGUUCUGCUAUUGUUGGAUAGAUCCUGGUUCCUCCUGCAAGUUUUUAACUUUUCACGGCUAGGCACUGUCAACGUAUUUCAUUUUUUGUUACAUUUUUCCUAUUUAGUAUUUACUUUGUGUUUGGAACGCUGUGGACACUCAAUCUGGGAAAAAGAGGAGAGCCAAGACAGGGCUACCAGUGAGUGCCAAAAUCUGUGCUUCUGUGUAAUUGUUCCUGCUGCCUGUUGCUUAAAUAAAAUAAGCAACAAGAAGACAUCAGAGAUACAGAAACAAUAUUUACAGGCCCCAGGCAUGGAAGAGCUGAUAUGGGAACAGUACACUGUGACCUUACAAAAGGAUUCUAAAAGAGGGUUUGGGAUUGCAGUUUCCGGUGGCAGAGACAAUCCUCAUUUUGAAAAUGGCGAAACGUCCAUAGUUAUCUCAGAUGUCCUCCCAGGUGGCCCAGCAGAUGGAUUACUUCAAGAAAAUGACCGUGUGGUCAUGGUUAAUGGGACCCCAAUGGAAAAUGUUCCCCAUUCUUUUGCAGUGCAGCAGUUAAGAAAAAGUGGGAAAGUGGCUGCCAUUGUAGUGAAAAGACCACGGAAAGUGCAGCUCACCGCUCUAAGGAGAAGCCCCUCUCUUGACCAUGAUGAUAGAGCUUUUGAUGUACUGGAUGACCCAGCAGAGUUUGAUGGCAGGAGUGCUCGAAGUGGCUAUAGUGAUCGGAGCUGGCAUAGUGGCCAUGGAGGUCGCAGUCAAAGCUGGGGAAACAGCCCUGAUAGGAGCUACCGAAGAGAUCAAGAUAGAGGGCGCAACUACAGCAGAGACCACAGCAGGGAACGCAGCUACAGCCGGGAUGGAAGUCGUGGCAGGAGCAUUGACAGGGAGAGAAGCUUGGACCGAGAACGCAGAAGAGACCGGAGCAGGGGCAGGAGCAUUGACAGGGAGAGAAGCUUGGACCGAGAACGCAGAAGAGACCGGAGCAGGGGCAGGAGCAUCGACAGGGAUGAUGGCUAUGAACGUGCCGCUGGUGACUACAGCCCACCCAGGGAUUAUAGUCACAGACAUCAGCCUGACCCUAGAUACGACAAGGAAGCAAGGAGUCAUAGUCGAGACAGACUGAAUUCCCACAGCCCCUUGCUUGAACCACGACGCCAACAUGAGUACCCAGGACAAGAAGAUAGACCUAUCAGUGUUCUCCUAACAAAAAGCAAACCGAAUGAAGAGUAUGGUCUCCGACUUGGAAGUCAGAUUUUCAUAAAAGAAAUGACCAGUACUGGCCUGGCAACUAAAGAUGGUAAUCUGUAUGAAGGAGACAUAAUACUCAAGAUUAAUGGUACAGUGACAGAGAAUAUGUCGCUAGCUGAUGCCCGAAAAUUGAUUGAGAAAUCACGAGGAAAACUCCAGUUGGUAGUCCUCAGGGACAGAAAACAGACACUGCUCAACAUCCCUUCAUUGCAUGACAGUGACUCAGAAAUAGAAGAUAUUUCCGAAAUUGAGUCCAACCGAUCAAGCUCCCCUCAAGAUGACCAAAAAUUGCAUCACUCUGAUUUUGACUCUCAUUCCUCCAAUGAAAAACUAAAGGAAAAGCCAAAUACAAAAGAGGAUCCACCCAACAGGUUGUCCAGGAUGGGAGCGAUGCCCACACCUUUUAAAUCAACCAGUGAUAUAGCUGCUGCUGUCAUAGUCACUGAGACAAACAAAGAACCAAAGUACAAAGAUGACCCGCCAGUAUUUCAACCAAAAGUAGCCCCAAGAACCUUUCUUCGGCCUAGUCCUGAAGAUGAAGCAAUAUACGGUCCUAAUACAAAGAUGGUAAAAUUCAAGAAAGGAGACAGUGUGGGUCUGCGGCUGGCAGGUGGGAAUGAUGUAGGGAUAUUUGUCGCUGGAAUUCAAGAAGGCACCUCAGCUGACCAGGAGGGGCUACAGGAAGGAGAUCAGAUUCUUAAGGUAAACACGCAGGAUUUUAGAGGCAUUGUGCGGGAGGAUGCUGUUCUCUACCUGUUAGAAAUUCCCAAAGGUGAAACUGUGACCAUUUUGGCUCAGAGCAAAUAUGAAGUGUAUAGAGACAUAAUGGCCUGUGGCAGAGGGGAUUCAUUUUUCAUAAGGAGUCACUUUGAAUGUGAGAAGGAAUCUCCACAGAGUUUAGCAUUCACCAGAGGGGAGAUCUUCCGAGUAGUUGAUACACUGUACGAUGGCAAACUGGGUAACUGGCUGGCUGUGAGAAUUGGAAAUGAACUGGAAAAGGGCAUCAUUCCAAAUAAAAGCAGAGCUGACCAGAUGGCCAGUGUUCAGAAUGCCCAAAGAGAUGGCUCGAGUGACAGGGCAGAUUUCUGGAGAAUGCGUGGCCAACGAUCUGGAAUGAAAAAGAAUCUGAGAAAGAGUCGUGAAGAUCUGACAGCGAUUGCAUCUGUUAGCACAAAGUUCCCAGCCUACGAGCGAGUUCUGCUGCGAGAGGCUGGUUUUAAGAGACCUGUGGUGAUAUUUGGCCCCAUUGCAGAUCUAGCGAUGGAAAAGCUGUCAAAUGACUUGCCUGAUCUGUAUCAAACUGCCAAGACAGAACCCAAAGAUGCAGGUUCAGAGAAAUCAACUGGUGUGGUGCGUUUGAACACUGUGAGGCAAAUUAUUGAGCAGAAUAAACAUGCUUUGUUGGAUGUGACUCCUAAAGCGGUGGAUCUGUUGAACUAUACCCAGUGGUUCCCAAUUGUAGUCUUCUUCAACCCAGACAGUAAACAGGGUGUGAAAACUAUGAGACAAAGGCUAAGUCCCACAUCUAACAAGAGUUCCCGGAAGCUUUACGAUCAAGCAAAUAAGCUGAAGAAGACUUGCUCCUAUCUUUUUACAGCUACCAUCAAUUUGAAUUCAGCCAAUGAUAGCUGGUACGGCAGCCUCAAAGAUAUAAUUCAGCAACAGCAAGUUGAAGCAGUAUGGGUAUCGGAAGGAAAGAUGGAAGGAAUGGAUGACGACAUGGAAGAUCGCAUGUCAUACCUAACAGCUAUGGGUGCUGACUACCUGAGCUGUGACAGCCGCUUGAUCAGUGACUUGGAAGACACAGAUGGAGAAGGAGGUGCAUACACGGACAAUGAGCUUGAUGAGCCAUCAGAUGAACCAAGUGUUUCCUCUAUUAGCCGAUCUUCUGAGCCUGUGCAGCAUGAGGAGAGUAUAAGAAAACCCAGCCCAGAACCAAAAGCUCAAAUGAGAAGGGCUGGUAGCAGAGAGAUACUUAGAGAUCCCAGUCCACCUCCAGCGUUCAAGCCCGAGCCACCUAAGGGUAAACUACAAAACAAAGAGGAUGUAUAUGACUUUCCCAAGAACUAUGACUCCAAACCAAAUAGCUCUAGCACUGUCAGCAAUGAGACUUCAGCCGUAUUAUCCAAGGCAGCAGCACCUCCUGUUUCUGUGAAACCUGCCUUUGGGCGUCCUAUACUGAAGACCUCUCAGCCAGCAGUUUCAGCCGCAGAGGAGGAGGAAAAGGCAGAGGAAGAUGUAGAUGGACGAGAGAAUGCUCCAAAAUCUGUACUGGGGAAAGUUAAAAUAUUUGAGAAGAUGGAUCACAAGGCAAGGUUGCAAAGAAUACAGGAGCUACAAGAGGCACAGAAUGCCAGGCUGGAAAUAGCCCAGAAACACCCAGAUAUCUAUGCUGUCCCAAUCAAAACACAGAAGCCAGACCAGAACUGGCCCCAACCCAUGAGUUCCAGACCUCCAGAGCCUCAGAAACCCCCUGCCAGGCCUUACCUAGAAAAUCGAGGAAGUUAUGGCAGUGACGCAGAGGAGGAAGACUACCGUCGGCAGCUAUCAGACAACUCCAAGCGUGGAUAUUACGGACAGCCAUCCAGAUAUAGGGACACAGAAUUAUAGACUCACUAGCACAUGCAUCUAUAAUGCUCUUUUGAGACUCUUUUCCUUCAACAGCCAAAAUGGAGUUCUGGUUAGUUAUAAAGUUAUAUUUUUGUUGGAGGUCAUAGGGUGGUCUACGGGAACUUGGACAUAUCCACACACUGGAACUGGAGGACUUACUUUUUGAGACUAUUUGUUUUGAGUAUCUAAGAAAAGAAAUCACUUUUGCCUGAAUGUUGUUGCCUGUUUUAUAAGGACCAAUACCCAUUUGAAAGCUUGUAUUAAUUCUUGGUAUUUUCAUAGUUUAACAUUUGUUAAAAAAAUUUAAACUUUUUUCUCUUACUUAAAACUGCUUUUUUAGACUGUUCCGCUGUUAUGAAAAUGUGAUCAAAGACAUAACACUUUUUAAUGCAAGAACUAAAUUAAAAAAAGAACUAUAAGUGCCUUUAACAAGAAGUGUCUUAAAUUGUUCAUAUUGAUAUCUGAUACUUGUGCAAAGCCAUAAUUUACUAAAGGGUGUUUUACUCUGUUGCCUAACUUUUGUAUCUGUUUCAUGGCUAUAAUUUCCCUGAUAUGUUAUUUUUCUAAGCUAAUAGAUCGGUAUACUGCUUUUCAUAAAUAUUGACUGUACAGGGGGAAGGUGUGUACCUUUAUAUACUAGCUUGUAUGAGGCCAGGAAGGGUUGAAAUUGAGAAAAUGAUGUAGAAAUUCAAUUAAUUAUGUCUUUAAAUUGAUAUGGACCACAAAAUAAUAAAUGGAUAUAUUCUAGA